AUGAAUAAUUUAAACGUUCUAGGUGAUUCAGUAAGAGGUACUUUGGGUAGGUUGCGAGAUAAACAUGCUUUUCUACACCAGCAAAAGAGAUAUUAUUUAGAUGUAAGAAGUCGGCUAUUGGAAUUGAAUACGAGGAAAAAUGGAGAGGAUGACGACGACGACGAUGAUGAUAAUCAUGAUAAUACGGAGGAAAAAAUUGCGGAGACGGGACUCGAAUUCAACGAUAUAAUUAUAUCGACGAAACGGAGAAUUUUCAUUAGUAUUGGAUACGAAUAUUUUGUGGAAAGGAAUGAAGAGGAAGCAGUUGCAUUUGCAGACGAUAAGUUAAGUUUAAUUUCAGAAGCCAUAGUUCAAUUCGAUGAUAAGAUUCAAGAAGCGGAAUUGACGGAAAGACGUAUUAAAGAAUUAGCUGAGAAAGGUGACGAUUUUGAAGAUGAAUUUCAAGGCGAUGAGGAGGAAGGUUUACCCGCCAUGGAUAUUAGAGAAGAAUUAGAUGAGGACGGUAAUGUCAUAAGUAGUAGUGUGACGCCAAGUGCCAACCAAAAGACUAGAAAGGAACUAGAAAAAACCUUACUUGGUGAACAGCAUGAGAAUAAUGAACAAAAUGGAUUAAGCGAUUUUGAAAAGAAUCUAAAGGGUAAACUGGUUAAAAAAGAAGAGGAGAAGAAGAAGAAAGAAAGACAAGAGAUUGAGAAACGAGAACGGGAAGAGCGUGAGAAACGAGAGCAAGAAGAGCGUGAGAAACGAGAACAAGAAGAGCGCCAGAGAGAAUAUGAUUCACGCCCUCCAAUAGAUAUGGAUAUGGAAAAUAUGUAUACUUUUGAAGACUUAGUCAGAGAGAUGGACGAAAGGGAUGAACUGGAAGACCAAUUAGGUGAAGACGAGUAUUUACAAUCGGAAGAUGAAGAUGAUGAGGAUGAGGACGAAGAUGAUGCUUUCGGCUAUUCGGUGAUUCCUGGUUCCAUGGCACAAAGUUCAUUUAUGGAGCAGAUCAAAAAAUUACGUAGAGAUCGUUUACCGCCACCCAAGUCAAUUCUUAAAUCGCGAAGUAAAGAUUCUAAACCCAAGAAAUCUGUUGGGUUUGCUGAAAAUGCGGACGUUCAUGAAGUGGAAAAUCUAAAAGACGCUAACAAAGGUAAUCAUCACAAUCCAUUGUUACAAAUUGACGAUGACGGUACGGUUCUGAGCAGCGAAGAAUUUGAUAGUGAUCUUUUUGCAAAAUUGAUUGGUGUACAGGGACCAGAUGAAAUCCACGAAAGGUAUAAGGAAGAGGUUGAGACCAAGGAAAGACAAGAAGAAGAGAGGGCCCAUUCGAAGAAGCGUGUUUCGAGAUUUAAAUUGGAAAGAACCUCGAAGGAAGAGAAUCAUGUGGAAAGGGAACCCGCCGAGAAUGGCUCCGAUGCUGCAGUUUCUGAUGUAGUCGAGAAGGAAGAUCCUGUUGCAGAAGAUCCCGCCUCAAUUGAACCUCGUUUCCAAAGGUCUGAGAGGAGUGGAGUCGUUUCCGAUAUAGUCGAGAAAGAAGAUCCUGUUACAGAAGAGCCUGCUUAUACUGAUCCUCGUUUCCAAAGGUCUGGAAGAAAUGAAGCAGUUUCCGAUAUAGUCGAGAAAGAAGAUCCUGUUACAGAAAAGCCCACCUCAAUUGAUCCUCUUUUUCAAAGAUCUGGAAGAAAUGAAGCAGUUUCUGAUAUAGUCGAGAAGGAAGACCCUGUAGCAGAAAAGCCCGCCUCAAUUGAUCCUCUUUUCCAAAGGUCUAGAAGAAAUGAAGCAGUUUCUGAUAUAGUGGAAAAUGACGUUGACGAUGAGGGCCCCGUUUUUGAGAGGAAGCUUGAUAUCGAUCACGAUCUCGAACUUGAACUUGAUCCGCCACACCAUCAAAAGAAGUUCAUUCUGAGAAAGCCUCUAAGGUCCCUGCAUAAGCCCAAGAGGAAACCGCAACAGAGACCUAAAAUUGAGCAGUUAGAUAGCGACGAGGAGGAUGACAAGGAAAUUGAUGAAGCUAAACCUUUACCAAAUGAGAAUAAUGAUGAUUCAUCCACAGAUUUUCCACCUGAAGUCCAAAAAGCCGCUAGGGGACCACAGAAACCUGUAGUUAUACCUAAUGUUGACUAUAAAUCGUUGGGCGAAAAUUUAGACGAUAUGGCCAGGGCAUACGCUUUGGGCGUCUAUGACGAUGAUUUACACGAUGAUCCCGGAACUCUAGUAGAAAAGUUGGAUGAUUUCAAAAACUACAACAAACAAGUCGAACAGCUGGAAGAUGAUAUCAAAGAAUUUCGCCUAAAUAAUCCGGCCCAAGAGGAAGUAAAUGAAGACGACGACGAUGAUGAUAAUGGGCCUCUGAUGACAGAUGUGGUGGAAAAGGAUUUACCCUCCAAUUACGACGAGCAAUAUGAUGAAGAUGAAGAUUUAUCCCUGCAUCCAGACAAGCUGAGCGAGUCUGUUGCCAUAGACUAUCUCCGCUUCAAAGAAUCUCUAAUGAAAGACAGAUUCGCUGAAUAUAGAACUGAUGAAGAGAAACAACUGGAACCCAUUGACGAGUGGGGGAACCCAGUCAAGCGUAGUAGGUUCAAGUCACAGAGAUUUGGACUCGGCAACUAG